GUGCGGCGCGGCGCGGCUGCGAGACCGGCAGGAGGGCACCGCCCCCUCCCCCGCCCUCUCCGCUGAGGAUGGAAGUGACGAAAGCAGCCGAGGAGGUCACUUCCUGCUGGGGUGGAUGAGGAGGAGCCGGAGACGCCGCGGAGGAGACCGGACCGAAGACGGACCGUGCGGGGGAGAGCAGGAGGGUGAAAAUGAAAGCAGGCUGUAGCAUCGUGGAAAAGCCAGAAGGAGGUGGAGGGUAUCAGUUUCCUGACUGGGCCUAUAAAACAGAGUCGUCCCCGGGCUCCCGGCAGAUCCAGCUAUGGCACUUCAUCCUGGAGCUGCUGCAGAAGGAGGAGUUCCGCCAUGUCAUCGCCUGGCAGCAGGGAGAGUACGGGGAGUUUGUCAUCAAGGAUCCAGACGAGGUGGCCCGCCUCUGGGGCCGCAGGAAGUGCAAACCACAGAUGAAUUAUGACAAGCUGAGCCGGGCCCUGAGAUACUAUUACAACAAGAGGAUCCUUCAUAAAACAAAAGGGAAAAGGUUUACUUAUAAAUUUAACUUCAACAAGCUGGUGAUGCCCAACUACCCAUUCAUCAACAUACGGUCAAGUGGUGUGGUUCCCCAGAGUGCGCCACCAGUGCCAACAGCCUCUUCCCGCUUCCACUUCCCACCUCUGGACACCCAUUCUCCAACUAGUGAUGUGCAGCCAGGGCGGUUCUCUGCUAGCUCCCUAACUGCUUCUGGCCAGGAGUCAAGCACUGGCACUGAUAGAAAGGUGGAGCUUUCGGAGCUGGAGGAUGGCUCGGCCGCUGACUGGCGCCGGGGUGUGGAUCUCAUGUCCUCCCGAAAUGCUGUCGGCGGAGGGAUUGGCCAUCAGAAGCGCAAACCUGACAUCAUGCUUCCCCUGUUCUCUAGGCCAGGGAUGUACCCUGACCCCCAUAGUCCCUUCGCCAUCUCUCCCAUCCCCGGCCGUGGAGGCCUCCUGAAUGUCCCCAUUUCACCAGCCCUCUCCCUGACUCCCACCAUCUUCUCCUAUAGCCCGUCGCCAGGCCUGAGCCCCUUCACCAGCAGCAGUUGCUUCUCCUUCAACCCUGAGGAAAUGAAACACUACCUUCAUUCUCAAGCCUGUUCUGUGUUCAACUACCAUCUGAGUCCGCGGACAUUUCCUCGUUACCCAGGGCUCAUGGUUCCACCGCUGCAGUGCCAGAUGCAUCCUGAGGAGUCAACCCAGUUUUCCAUCAAGCUGCAGCCCCCACCUGUCGGGCGGAAGAACCGGGAGAGGGUGGAGAGCAGCGAGGAGGCAGCGCCUGUCACUGUUCCCACGCUGGCUCCUGUCCCCCCGAGAAUUAAGGUGGAACCAGCCUCUGAGAAGGAUCCUGAGAGUCUCAGGCAGUCGGCACGAGAAAAGGAGGAGCGCUGUCAAGAAGAGGGCAGUGUGCCAAGCAGGACCACAGAAGAGGAAAAAGGCACCAUCUUUGCCCGCCCGGCUGCACCGCCUGUCUGGCCCUCUGUACCCGUUAGCACCCCAAGUGAAGAACCCCUAGAGGUGACUGAAGACAGUGAGGACAGGCCUGGCAAAGAGCCCGGUGCACCUGAGAAGAAAGAAGAUGCCCUGAUGCCCCCCAAGCUUCGGUUGAAGCGGCGCUGGAAUGAUGACCCUGAAGCCCGGGAGCUGAGUAAGAAUGGCAAGUUCCUCUGGAAUGGGUCAGGACCCCGGGGCUUGGCAACGGCUGCUGCUGACGCUUAGAACUGGAAGCUGCUUGGGAGCUGUUUAUACUAUAAUCAAACACAUACAUGUAUUUAUGUAGCAAGAU